GGAACUUAUGUGACACUGGUGAUGGGUGUGACUACUUGCUCGAUUGUUACGACAAUAGUUGUGCUGAAUGUGUUCUACAAACAUCCUCGUCCUCCUCCGAAAAUACUUCGAGUCAUAUUUCUGGACUGGUUGGGGCCCCUUGUCUGCCAUACCUGCAAGAACGACAGAGAUCAAAAGAUGACCGACGCCGUUGAUCUAGAGAUGAAGUCCCACGACACUGACAGUUCAUUAGGCAAAGAAAUGGACGAAUAUUCUACUCCAUUGAAGUCAGCGAAAGGUGAAAAACUUCACAAUGGUACUGGAGAUACUAAGAAAGGAAAUGAUAUGGUUGUUGUAAAUGGAUUAAAUGGUCAUGAUUCGGAGGUUGGUAUACACACCAUUACAAUUGAUGAUGCUAAUGAUGAUCCGCCACAAGAGAAUAUGCAUACAGGUCAAAAACAAGCUGAAACAAAUGAGGAACACCAUGGGGAAAAGGUGUGUAACGGCAAUGCCAAUCACGGGUACCAAGCUUCGCCUGAACAUAACAUCCUCAACCAAGCGGCCGGUACAAGGGACAAGUUAAACGUUGCAAAUUACCGUGAUGACAAUGAGAUGCAAAACAGAGACGACCUCAAAGAAAACCUUAAAUCCGAUAAUGCAGCUAUUGAACAUUCAAUGGCGGUAUCUCAGGAAGGUAAAGGGAAUCCCAACAACGGAAGAUUCUUAAAAAACCAAGGUGACUCAUACAGACGCCGGUUCAAUCAUAAAAUGCCCUAUGAUGAUACACUUAGCACUGGAUUCCCAUCAGCAAGCAGAGGUAACACUCUUACAAAGUCCAAGAGGAAGUCGAUGACUAAUCGAAUGGAGGACACCUUAAGCAUUGCUUCAAUACCAUUCGCCAUCGAAGCAGCUACCAAGUAUAACGAUCACAAUUCUCCGUACAGCGAACAGGCACUUGCUGAGUUGGUGAAAUAUAUGAGAACUAUAGCAAAGAAACAUAUCGGCGAAGAGCAACAAGUUACGUGGACAAAUGACUGGCAAGAUAUUUCGAUUGUUAUGGAUAGAAUUUUAUUCAUUUUCUUCGCAAUUGUAAUUCUUUGUACAAUUUUAUCAUUUGUAUAUAUCAUUCCUGAAUUUUACAUGUAAACAAUUUCCGUUGUCCGUACUCUUAGGCUUGUACAAAUUGUAAGGCUGUCUAGAAUAGUUUGGAAAGCUAUUAUUAAAUCAUCUUUAUGAUAUAAUAUUUAGAUCUAUAUACUACUUGCUUAUGUCUGGAACCCUUUUUAAGUUAUAUUUGGGUCUGUGAUAGUUAUAAUGAUUUAAAUGAAGAUGUCAUAUUGACAUCCUUUCGUUCGAGCUGACACGUGAAAUCUUACCUUAGCAAUACAGGUACAGACACCAUACUUAUACUAGAACAUGUACAUCUAGAGAUAAUUUACAUGCCAUAGUUUACUGAGAGUUCAUUAUUAUUUCCAAGAAAUUUCAGAAGAUUUGAGCCAUUUACAAGGUAAUUGCCCAAACAAAUGUUGAUCCUUCAGUCAUUCAGUAUGGGGUUGGUGUCAUAUUUGGCACAAUUAAACAUGCGACUUUAUUUUAUUUUCAAGCUAUAAAAUACCAGCGUUGUGUCUGGAACCUAACUUGUUCACUGCACAAGCACAGACAUCUUGUGCUUUGGCUCUCAUUUUGCUUCCUUCUCGUCUCGUUUCAAUGAUUCAAGGGUUGUUAGUUUGGACAUUAGCCCCAUAGAAGUAUCUAGAGGGAUUCAACAACAUUUAACAAGGUUUAAUUUAAUCUUAGAUAUGAUUUUAAACUCAUGCUGAACGACUGAGUUAUUAUUUAAAAUUAUGUAAUCCUCAAAUUGGGAGACAGUAGUAUAGGAUACAAUUAUACUAAAAUAGUAGAUUUGAAGUCCUUUUUAAAUUGUUUAAUUUUACUAUGUUAUUUUUAUCGUGAUUUGUUGCAUGCGCUUUCGUAGCCUCUUACAUUAAUCUUAAACUCAUUUUACAAAGUGAUUCCCUAUACGUAUCCGUAACAAACAUAAGUACAUACAUUGCUCUAUAGGUUUACGUAUAUGCUUACGCUAAUCUUAAAGUCCCUAUUACUAGUAAGAAUAGUAUUG